CUCUUUUGAUAUUUUCAUGCCCUCAAGUAUAAAAAACAUAGUGGUAGAAAUGAGCAACAUCAAAGGAUUGCAGCUUUAUCACGAUGCUUUCGUUUUUGACUCCGCUGCAGACAGGGAUGAGAGAAGACAGCGUGAUAAAUUAGCACCUAUAAGAAACAUUUGCGAUCAAUGGAAUCGGCAGCUCAGGUCAUAUUAUCACUUACAUGAAAAUGUAACAAUAGAUGAGCAGUUAGUACCUUUUCGUGGUCGUUGUAGCUUCAGGCAGUACAUUCCAUCGAAGCCCGCAAAAUACGGCUUAAAAAUAUGGGAUCUAUGUGAUUCAAAAAGCAAGUAUGCCUGGAACAUGGAAGUUUAUUUAGGACGGGCAAGAAAUACGCAACCGGAAAGGAACCAAGGUGAACGUGUUGUUCUAUCCCUAUCAGAACCCCUUCCCAGAGGUCACACUAUUACUUGCGAUAACUUUUUUACGACGUACAAUCUCGCCGUUCAGCUACUUCGCAGCAACAUUACUUUAGUCGGUACAGUGAGGAAAAAUAAGCUUUUUUUGCCACGAGAAAUUGUCGACAUGAAGGAAAAGAACAUUUUAGAAAACAAAUUUUUAUUUACGGAGAAUGUAACUAUUGUAUCGUACGUCCCAAAAAAAUAUAAAUUUGUUGUCGCAUUGAGCUCCCUUCACCAUUCUCCAUUUGUUGAUGAGGGUGACAGAAAAAAACCUGAAAUAAUACUUCACUAUAAUAAAACAAAAGCUGGUGUGGAUGCGCUUGAUUGGCUGGUUGUUAAUUAUACAUGUAAACGUCAGACCAAACGUUGGCCAGUUGCCCUCUUUUCGAAUAUGUUAGAUAUAUCGGCAUAUAACGCAUACGUAAUAUGGACAGAGAUAAAUCCCUCAUGGAACACCAACAAGCUUUAUAAGCGAAGACUUUUUCUUGAAGAGCUGGGAAAGCAAAUGGUCGAACCAAAUAUUUUCCGCAGAGAGAGACUGCCGCGAGGAAUCGCUGCUAAGAAUAUAGUAAAAAAUAUUCAAGAAAACUCCAAAGCGUCUAUUUCUAACAUUUCUGCCAGAAAUGAAUCCACCAAAAAAACGACAGCGAUGUUUCUUCUGUCAUACAAAAAAUUUGAACAAAUAUUCAGCUGUUUGUAGUACGUGCCAAAAAUUUGUUUGCAAGGAACACAGUAGCUUAGUUUGUGAAAAUUUCCGUUA